UCGCUGCCAACAUAACAACCCGAAAAGUUCCACAAAUUCUGAGGUUAUGAUCAUUAUGAAAUAAUUAAAAAACAACAAAUAGUGCCAAAAAUACAAAUAGUUGCAAUAAAUCAACAUUCCAAACGCUCAAUUUGUCUAAAACUUGUGCAAAAUGUCCAACGAUAAGUUACUGAGAGUCACCCAAAUGAACGCAAUUUUCCUUGAUAAUGAAAUCUACAAAGCCCUUAUGCGAAUUCUUCACGAGACUAGCCGUUUCUUACCCCCUGGUUAUAUAGCCCCCAUUGAACCUGAGUUGGGCCUAAUUGUGCGUUUAGCGCUUCUGAAAAAUUCAGUCUGUCGCAAUGAGAGCACUUUUGGGCAACAACUUUUAUCAAUAAAGUACAGCAACAUGUCGAAUUUCAAGAAAAUUCUUUACUUGUUUGGGAACUGUUUUGAUUACGUUAAACAUCGUCUCGAGUUCUGGAAGCCCUCGCAUAAGGUUAACACGUUUAUGUUUAAGAUACACAUGGUUUUAGUUUUAUUGAAUUUUAUCAAUAUGUCCAUAUUUCUACGACGUGGGGUUAAACCGUUAUUGAUAGAAAGGUGUUUGGGUUUGAACCAAGAGUACUCAACCAAAACUGCUCCAAGGCAUUUUGAAGCGAAAUAUUUAUCUAGAGAAUUACUUUGGAAUGGAUUUAUCGAUGUUCUUAUUCAUAUAAUCCCACUAAUUAAUUACCACAAAAUUAAGAGAACAAUGAGGCACUUUAAUCCAUUCCACAAAAAACCUACUUAUGUUGUCCUCAAUUCGCGUACCAUGACCAUGCAUUCCAAGUGUGCACAUUGUGGGGAAAAUCCUAUUUUGCCUCAUCAUAUGGGAUGUGCCCAUGUAUUUUGUUACGUGUGUUUAAAGAAAAAGCUGUAUUUCCUCCUCGAGCAGUUGCAAAACAUGGCCAGGGACUUGCCCCCGAAAUAUCAAAUGCGCCUUCCUUACGAAUUAUUGUCGAGUCUUGCGAAUUGUUUAUUAAACGAUACUGUUUUCGAGAUUGUGAAAGGUUUGCUGGAGAUCCAGCAUGUGACUGAGCAGCACUUGUACCAACAAAGACUUCAAUUUAUCAAUAACCAGAAACUAAAGGAACACGAAAUACUAAACCGGUACAUUGGCGAUCCUGACAAGAAAGUUGAGGAACUUAGGAAAUUGAUGCUUACACAGAAAGACGAACUGAAACAAUUUGAUAUGGGGCUGGUGAUACAACUGGACCAAAAGGUAAUAACAUUCAAUAUAUUAUUUACAUUUAAGCACAGUGAGCGCCAAAAUUAUGGAAUAAUCUUUUUAGAGCCGAAAAUAUUUUAUUUUGGCAAAAUGCACAAUUCUCAACUUUUCACUUUUAAACUUAUUCCAAUUCAAUAAAAAUGACAACAUCACAUUUUGUCAAAUUAUUUUAUUAAAUAACGUUUAUAAAAAAGUACUUAGGUUGUUGACUAUUAGAUCUGUCAUUGCAGCUAUAAAUUACAUCAGCUAUUAAUUUUUUUAAAGGCAUGAAUAAUUUAUAACAACCAACUUUGAGAGAAAAUGCGGUGUUUCUAUUUUUAUUGAAUUGGAAUGGAUAUUAUCUAUCGACGUUUCCAUAAAUUAUUUAAUUGUCGAAAGUAUUUACAGUAUUUUUUUGACCACGAACUGAAAUGGACUUCAAAGAGUUUGUUAUAAUUAAUUAAUUAUAAUAAUAAAAAAUUAUUUACUCUAUCCACUCCUCUGUAAGGACUACCACACCACAAAACAUGUUUAUUGGCAAAAGUCACAAGAGCGGUAACUUUUAUGACUGAUGUCACAGGUAAAUGUUUCACUUUUCAAGCAUAGAGUAAAAGUUCUGCUUUUGUGCCUUUACUUAUAGCAAUUUUUUACCAAUGUGUCUCAUGUUAAAAUAAACAAAAAGCGGGGGUUCACUGCUAUAGGAGAAGAGUACAACACGAUGAAGUAUAGAAAUUAUUAUUUAAGAGUAUUUUAUAAACCUGAAAUUUUCAAGAUCGACGGUUU